AUGCCGGCACAAGUCCGCGGAAACUACACAAUAAGAGUUUCCAACUACGAUCCAUUGUUCCCCUUCUCACGGCAUGCGGAGUACCGGUUCCAGGUCUUCCCGUACCCCAUCCCGACGAGCCUUCUCGGGGGCAACUCUACGGAUAUCCCGCCUGACGUCUGCUCCGUCAUCCCUCCAGAAGGAGUGUCGCUAGUGGAGAAGUUCUGCAUCGUAUGUGAAGACUUCUAUGAUGAGCUUGGCCCGCUCAGUACAAAUAUUCGGUAUGAGUUCAUACCAGACGGCGUCGAAAUGGCAACAACCAAGUUCCCAGGGAGCGGCCCAGCUACAGUUGUGGACAUCAUUCUCAACGUGUUUUCUGGAUGGGUCCUGUACACCCCGAUGGUAGACAUCCCGCCCGGGUUGAUCGUGAUAGAACUGAUGGUGUCCUGCCCGGACGGACGUAAUACUACAGUUCUACUGGACCCUAUUCUCAUCAAAUCACCGAACAAGGCCCAGGUGACUGAAUACAUGGACGGGUUCUACGACGGCGCAAUAGGGCCUUUCAACAAGUUUCUGUCGAUGAGAUCUUCGGAGGAAGCGUUCAGCGGCUCGGUUAUAUCUUCCGGCGUUGCUGCUAGCUUGGCCAACAAAGGGGAGGACAUCACUGAGAUCACAGAUAAAGUGGCUGAGAACAUGGCAGCUGUGGAGCUACAGGACUAUGACGGCAUUGUGGGACUGUCAACCUCUACCCUCCUGGUGACCGCGUUUCCCGACAGUGUGUCUGGCGAUGCUCAAGUUCAUAGCUCCACGGCUCUGAAGUCGACGUUUGAGAAGACAAGAGAGCUGUCCGUGAACAACAGCAUGUCUGUGGACGAGGUGAACCGGGCGUCGGCUUUGAUGUUCACAGGUGCAGUCAAUGUGUUCAAAGCUUCUGAAGUCAAGGCUGAAUCAGAACAAGAUGGCGGAACGACCUCCUCCAACUUACUAGAGGCGAACAAGGAGGCCACGACAAGGAACUUCGAAGCCUUAGAUGUUCUUGACGACAUUUAUCUGACCAACAUGAUGCCAGGCUACGACGAGGACGACCUAUUUGCGGAUGUUUACAUGUCUACGAUGCACGUGAGAAUCAAACGGGAAGACCCCGGCGAUGGUUCGGAGAAGGUGUACACGGUGGGCGGCCAGAGCGACUCCCUGGUCCGCGUGCCGUCCUUCUCGUCCCUGCUUCCCGAUGGAUGUCCUGACGGAGAGGUCGGGGUGCAGUUUCUGGAGUCAAAUUUCAACCCGUUCGAAUAUUCGAACAAUUCGCGAAUGAUCAAAUCUGACGUUACCGGCCUUGCCGUGAAGUGCGGCAACCUGACGGUUCCUGUGUCCGAGCUGGACGAGCCGUUAGACAUCCUGACACGGAGGGAGAACAAGAGCCUGGACGAUCUGAUGUACAUCUUCACUGCGUCUGCGCCGCUUGGUAACAUAUCGGUUUUCCAGUUCUAUGCCAAGAGAAACCUGUCAGCCAUGAGCUUCAGUGUAGAUUUCAACAGCACCCUGUUCCCGCAUGACGUCACCCUCUGGCUGAGCAAACACGAGCCACCAACCCCAGACACGUACGACUGGACAGCCACCCUGCCGGUUCCGGAGGACCAGCUCUUCUCCAUCCCGUGGAUCAAUGACACAUCACUGGUGUCCAGCGCCUACCAGUGGCUGCUGCCGGAGGAGGAGGUGGACAUCACAGACUUUGAUGUGGAGAACAAGACAGAGUACUUCAUCGGAGUUCAGUUUGGCACGGACCAGGACCUUGGCAGCGGUGAAAUCGUUAAUUUCACCCUGUACGCCUUUGAGACGGCUUGUGUCUACUUUGAAGAAAACAGUACCCACCUGUGGCAGAGAGACGGCUGUAACGUGGGUUUGAUGUCGAACAUCACCCACAUCCACUGCCAGUGCACCCACCUGACCAAGUUUGCCGGGUUUGUAGCGCCGAACCCGCUCAACAUCCAGGACGCUUUGAAGGCCAACAUCCUGGAGAACCCGAUAGGCCUCAUCCUGGUGCUGGCAGUGUUCAGCGGAUAUCUGAUGGGCAUCGUCUGGGCAAGGAAGACUGACAGGAAAGAUAUUGCUAUGGCCGGAGUGGCACUACUUCCUGGUCACAAGCUGAACCCUCGCAGGGAGUGUCAAUACGUCAUCACUGUAUACACCGGUUUCCGGGGCAACGCUGGGACUACCGCAGAGAUCACCUUGGUGCUAUACGGCAUCCAUUACGAGAGCGCUCCCCUUACACUGAGGGACGACAACCGGGUUCUGUUCCAGCAGGGCAGUGUGGACUCCUUCCUGGUGUCCACGGAAGAUCCGCUAGGUGUCAUGACUCACAUGCGGGUGUGGCACAACAACGCUGGGUACAGCCCAUCGUGGUACCUCGGUCAGAUUGUUGUUGUCAACAGGGGAACAAAUCAGACGACAUAUUUCCUCAGUAACAGGUGGCUCGCCGUUGACGAAGACGAUGGAAAGAUAGAGCGGCUCAUCCCUACAGCAGGGGAGGAGGAAAUGACCAAAUUCCGCAACGUGUUCUUUGCAAAAAGCUCAAGGGACAUGAACGAUGGCCACCUGUGGUUCUCCGUUGCCGGCCGCCCUGCCCGGAGCCCGUUCACCCGUGUCCAGCGCCUGUCCUGUUGCCUGACGCUGCUCUACAGCACCAUGCUCACCAACAUCAUGUUCUUCGGCCGCGGGGACGACUUCGAUCCUCCCGAGCCACUCAGGAUAGCUGGUUUGGAGAUUGAUCCUCCGAUCUCUCUACCUCAGCUGAUGAUCGGCAUACAGAGUGCAGUCAUCAUCCUUCCAGUCAACCUCCUCAUCGUCUUUCUCUUCCGCAACUCGGGAGCAAGAGCGCCGAAAAAGAGCAGCAGCAAGAAGAUGGACUCGGAGACAGACAGUCGUUUUUUGAAACUGUUACAGCAGAAACCUAGGGGGAAGAAAACAUUUACCUCCAACAACCCAGACACGCCAUCAUUUUGGUACGCAAAAGAAAAAUCAAUCCUUGGUAACAGUUCGACUGACAACAAGCUCAGCGUCCUCCAGUCAACCUUGGAUCAAGAUGUUGAAGGAAGUUCUAAGAAAGAGGACAAAGACAACGACGAGCCAAAGAAGUCGUCUCUUCCUUGGUGGGCUGUGUUCGUAGGUUGGCUGCUGGUGUGGGCCGCCAGUUUCGUGGCCGCCUUCUUCACAGUUCUGUACACGCUGAGCUUCGGCAAGGCGAAAGCUGAGGCCUGGGUUUUCACCUUCGUGACGUCAUUUGUAACCGACCUGUUUCUGGUGCAACCCUUCAAGCUGAUGUUGGUCGCGAUGCUGUUCGCUUUACUGAUCAAGAAACCUGUGGAAGACGAAGACCCCGCUCCAGCACCCACAGAAGACGACGAGGAAUACAUUUACAACGAUCCUCAGGGCGAGUCGCCAACACAAAAGAAGGUCUGGACAAGUGCCACAGUCUGGAUGCGGUAUAUCGGAACAAACCGUGCGGCAGCGUAUGGUACAAACACCAAGUCUCCAGAUGAAGAGCGGUCCACGCUACCACCAGACGAAUCUGUCCUAGCCGAAGCAAGAGCCAGGAGCGCAGAGAAACGCAAACGCCGUGCGGCUGUGCUGGAGGUGCUCGUGUUCGGCCUGUUCGUGACGGUGAUCAUGCUCACGGCGUACCAAGAACGGAGCCCGCUGGCCUUCUACAUGACACAGAACGUCAAGGAACAGAUCGUGGAAGGAGACUUCUCUGAGGUUAAUGACAUUCCAUCGUUCUGGAGCUGGAUUGAAGGUGAUCUGAUACCGACAACACGUUCAGGAGAGUGGUACAACGGGGAAGCUGAUUGGGCAGUGGACAAAGUGCUACCAGACAUGCUAACUCAUCCCUUAGAGGCCGUGCAGUUGAGACAAGUGCGGCUGAAACCAGGACAACUCUGUGAGACGCCCGAGAAAAUGCAAGAGUUUGCACCAAGAUGUACCGUGCGGCACUCUACACUGGCGGCGGACACGGACGAUUAUAUCCAGGGAUGGAUUCCUUAUAAUGACACCAUCAACAGUACGGAUACAGUCAUAUGUGCCCCGACAUUACCACCACUCACUAGCACAGUCAGUACCAGUACAGUCAGUACCCCGGUCACAGGAGCGAACUGUACGGUCUUCUUAACAAGGGAAGAAAAGGACCCACCGUGGACGUACAAAUUUGCUUCUCUGAUCGGCAGCUUCCCGUAUUUCGGACAGCACGGCACGUACCUCACCGGUGGUUACUCUACUCCGCUCGGAAAGACGCGCACGUCGGGUCUGCGGCUGUCGGAAUUCUUACAGCAACACAACUGGCUGGACGAGCGAACCCGCGCCGUCUUCGUGGAGCUGAUCCUCUACAACCCACACGCGAACCUGUUCUCUGUGGUGUCGCUAGCGGUGGAGUUUACCAACCUGGGAACUGCCUACAGGGGUGUGGAGGUCGUGACCUUGAGGCUGAUCCAACAAGACGCCAUCUUGCUUUUUGCGAUGAGAGCUGUGCUUGCGGUCUUCAUUCUUUUCUUUGCCCUUAAAGAAGCCAAGAGCUUUUUCGCCCGACCAAUCGAAUACCUGAGUGACUUCUGGAGUUGGGUAGAACUUCUCGUCAUUGGCAUCGGGUUUUCAUCCCUGGGGGUCUACUUCAACGCACAGGGCAUCAUCGACGAGGCCGCCGAACAGCGAAAAACUUCAGAGUCCGUUUUUGAUCUCUACAAAAGCGCAGUGAACUGGUUUCAAAUUUACACGUACCUGUUAGCAUUUCUUAUUUGUUGUGCUACGCUUAAAUUCAUUCGGCUCUUACGGUUCAACUCACAUGUUUACGCGCUCUCUACGACCAUCAAGAAGUCUUCAAAACCUGUCCUACAGUUCUUCUUCGUAGCUGGCAUCAUUCUCAUGGCCUUCACACAGAUGGGGAAUCUUCUGUUCGGCAUCAAACUCCAAGAUUACAAGAACAUCCUGACCAGUCUGACCAGCCUGUGUACCAUGAUGUUAGGUAGUUUUGAUUUCAAUGCUCUCGUCGAUGGCCACUAUAUUCUCGGUCCUGUGAUGUUCUUCUCCUACCAGGCUGUCAUGCAGUUCAUAUUACUGAGCAUGUUCAUGACCAUCAUUAUGGAUGUGUACGCGGAGGAAAGUCAGGAUCCAAACACGGAUGACUUACAGCUUGUUGGUUUCAUCAAAGAAACCACUUCAGAAGCUGUUGGAAAAGCGAAUCGUUCCCUGUCAACGGUAGGAAAGAACAACAACACGAAAACAUGGCAGGCUUAUAGACCCGAUUUGGAAUAUCGCCGAAAGUUUGCGGACGUACUCAAAGAACUUGACGAGGUCUCUAAAAGUUAAAAGGUAGUACAGUGUGGGUAGUCGAGAUUAUAAAAAACUGCCUUUGGAACUAUGACUUUUUUUCUUAUUAUACUCUGCUGAUCUGAUGAUAAUGAAAAUACUUGGAAGGGCUGAUUUGGCUUGAAACACAGAGUGAAAAGGAGAUUAGAUGUAGCGAACUCCGGGUAUAC